GACGUCAUUUAUUGAGCGACAGAGUCAUCUGGAGCUCCGAAAGACAGUAGGGGGAAACGAGAUCACUUUCUAACCCCGAAAAUGGUAAAAUCGGGGAAACUUCGGUCCGGGACGGGUUCCAAACUCAAACGGUGGAAGAAGGGACACAGCAGCGACUCCAACCCGCAGUCGAGUCGUUUUCGACAGGCUGCGAAAAGUCGCUUUUUCAGCCGACCGAGCGGAAAGAGUGAUCUUACUGUUGAUGCUCUAAAGCUUCACAAUGAGCUGCAGGCCGGUCCACUGGAGGUUAGUGCUGGAGGCCGAAAGGAUGCCCUCAUGGAAGAGGAGCUGGAUGAGAAGUUUUCGGACCGAACCUCUGGCACCUUCCUCAGCGGCCUGUCUGACUGCUCCAACCUCACAUUCAGAAAAGUACAGCGCUUCUGGGAGUCUAACUCGGCCGCACACAAAGAGAUCUGUGCCGUUUUGGCUGCUGUUACUGAAGUGAUUCGAAGUCAAGGAGGAAAGGAGACUGAGACGGAGUACUUCGCUGCAUUGAUGACCACUCUGGAGGUUGUGGAAUCAGCAGAGUCCCAAGCUGCAGUGGCGUAUCUCCUCAACCUCGUCAUGAAACGAGUUCCUGCUCCGGUGCUGAAGAACAAGUUCUCGGACACGGCCAAGGCGUUGAUGGAUGUCAUGUCUAAACAGGCCACGUCCGACACCUCGUCAGCUCUGAGAUGGAUCCUGUCCUGCCUCGCCACAUUGUUAAGGAAGCAGGAUGUGUCUGUCUGGAGUUACCCGUCCACUCUGCAGACCUAUCACGGCCUUCUCAGCUUCACGGUGCACAGCAGACCUAAGGUCCGUAAAGCGGCGCAGCAAGGCGUUUGCUCGAUUCUUAGAGGUAGUGACUUCCUGUUUGCUGACGGCGCACCGGCCCACCACCCUGCUGCAGCUACAACAGCCAAAUUCUGCAUCAAAGAAGUGGAGCAAGCAGGAGGCAGCAAAGAGGACACCACCACACUUCAUGUGCUUGGUCUCUUGAAGGAGCUGAUGGGAACGUUUCCUCUGGGAGUCGUCAAGUCCUGCUGUGAGACUCUGCUGCGAGUCAUGACCCUCAGCCAUGUGCUGGUGACGGCCUGCGCCAUGCAGGCGUUUCAUAGUCUCUUCAGCGGGAAACCAAACCCGUCGUCUCUGUCGGCAGAACUCAACGCCCAGAUCAUCACGGCUCUGUAUGAUUACCUGCCCAGUGAGAAUGACCUGCAGCCUCUGCUGGCGUGGCUGACCGUCAUGGAGAAAGCUCAUGUUCACCUGGCAAACUUGCAGAGUUCUCUGAGUCUGGGUCAUCUCCCCCGACUCUUCUCUACCGCCAUGUCCUGCUUGUUGUCGCCACACACACAGGUGGUUUCUACCGCCACCAACACAAUGAAGACUUUGUUGACAGAAUGUGUCGCCCCUCACAUGGAAGAAAUAGGAACGAUCGCUGUCACCACUACUGCUGGAAAUCCCUCUUAUAUCAACAAAACGUUUCGUGUCGUAGAGGACGGGUUGUCCUACCGCUUCCACGCUUCCUGGCCUUUUGUGCUGCAGAUCCUUGGCUGCUUUUACCGAGUUGCAGGGAAACAAGCUCACUCCAUCAUGACCAAGUCGCUGCAGUCUCUGGCCGACCUGCGCUCCACUCCUCAGUUCCCCUACAGCGGGGAGUUGGACCUGGCUGUGGGAGCAGCCGUGGAGAGCAUGGGCCCUGAAGUCGUCCUGUCUGCUGUUCCUCUCAACAUCACUGGCAUCAACGAUGACCUGGAGUUUCCACGCAGCUGGUUGAUCCCCGUCAUAAGAGAUCACGUGAAGAGCACCCGUCUCGGUUUCUUCACUUCUUAUUUCCUCCCUCUGGCUUCUACACUCAAGCAAAGGGCUGAAGAGUUGGAACAAACAGGAAAAAAGCUGGAAGCAAAAGUCUACCAGACGUUACAGCUUCAGAUUUGGACCAUGCUUCCUGGUUUUUGCACGUGUCCUGUGGACUUGCUGGCAUCAUUUAAAGGCAUCGCCCGCACACUCGGCAUGGCCAUUAAUGAACGUCCAGACCUGAGACUCACUGUGUGCCAGGCGCUCCGCACUCUGAUCAACAAGAGCUGCUCCACAGAGGAAGAAAAGGCAGAAAUGGGUCGCUUCUCCAAGAACUUCCUGCCGAUCCUUUUUAAUGUUUACAGCCAGCCGCCUGCAGAGGGAGAGUCGGGCACCUACAGGAUGGCUGUUCUAGACACCAUUAAAGUCUAUUUAUCCAUCACUGAAACUCAGUUGAUCUGCACAUUUCUGCAAAAAGCGUCUGAGAGGCUGACCAGCACAGAGAGCACAGAGUUCAUACGCCUGUCAGUGAUGGACCUUGUGGUUGCCAUGGCACCCUUUGUAGAUGAGGCUAACAUGACCAAAACCUUUGAGCUGAUCCGACCAUAUUUGGAGGUCAAAGAGCCCGGCAUGCAGAAGAAGGCGUACCGCGUUCUGGAGGAGAUGUGCGGAGCAGAGAGGGAGGAGUGCCGUUCGUUUGUUGUGUCGAACCUGGAAACGCUCAAACUCGUUUUGCUCGAUACUCUGAAAAACGCUUCUUCACCUGCAAAGAGGCCCAGACUCAAGUGUCUCGUGCACAUCGUGAAAAGGUUGAACGAGGAACACAAGGAUUUUAUUGCUGCGCUGCUGCCAGAGGUGAUCAUUUGCACCAAGGAGGUUUCCGUUGGAGCUCGUAAGAACGCCUACAGUCUGCUGGUGGAAAUGGGAAAUGCGUUUGUUCGAUUCUGCGGGAACUCAAAAGAAGCCAUGGAGCAGUAUUUAGUCCUGGUGUACGCAGGACUCACAGGCUCCGUCACCAUGAUCACCUGCACCGUCCUGGCCCUCACCCGGCUGGUGUUUGAGUACAAAGACGCUAUAGAGGUGUCCAUACUGGAGCAGCUGCUGCACAACGUUUGUGUCCUGCUGGCGUCUCGUACCAGAGAGAUCGUCAAAGCUGCUUUGGGCUUCAUCAAGGUCGUCCUCUUCAUCAUGGACCCCAAAACGCUGGCGACGCAUGUCACCGUCAUGAUGGAGGGCAUCGGAAGCAUCAAGGAUGACGUUAGAAGACACUUCAGAACCAAACUGAAGAACAUCUUCACCAAGUUUAUCAGGAAGUUUGGUUUUGAGCUGGUGAAGAGCAUGCUGCCUGCAGAGCACCACAAGGUGCUCUCAAACAUCCGCAAGGCCGAGGCUCGAAGCAAGAGGCGAAAGCAGGCGGCUGAGGAGCACGGCGAAUCGGAAAGCGAAGAGGAGGCACCUAAAGCAAAGGGUGAAAGUAUUGAAGACAUCCUUGCAGAGUCUGACAGCGAUUUGUCCGAGGAUGAAGGAAAACCUCAGAAGAAAGCAGGAAAACGGGAGAAAGGAAAGGCGUGGCUCAAAGAGGGAGAGGAAGACGACCCGCUCAACUUCCUGGACCCGAAGGUUUCCCAAAGAGUUCUAGCCACCAACCCGGAGCUGAGGAAGACCUCCAAGGUGGAGCACGGGUUUAAAGUCACCUCAGAUGGACGGCUGAUUAUUAGAGAGGAUGACGAGGAGGACGUAAAACACCAAAAAGGAGACGAGAUGAAGGAUAUCCUGGAAGAAGCAGGAGUCAAAAGUAAAAAGUCGCAGAAGAGAACGUUUAAGGAGGGUGACUUUGACGAGGACAUGGACGUGGAACCCCAGUUUAAAUAUAAAGCUGGUGGCUCAGGAAUCCACAGAUCUCUGGGACAAGGCCACGAUGCCGGAGCCGAUUACAAAUCAAAGAAAGGAAAAGGAGACGUGAAGAAAAAAGGAAAGUGUGACCCUUACGCUUACAUCCCUCUGAAGAAGGAGCAGCUGAACCGCAGGAAACGCGCCAGACUUCACGGGCAGUUUAAGGGGAUGGUGCGAGGAGCCCAGAAGGGGGCGCUGUCGGGGAGGAAAAUGCAGAAGAAAAAAAGGAAGACCUGAAGAACAGAUUUAUGCUGAAUGGACUCUAUAUGUUAAAUAAGGACGCACGCACGUAUGUGUGUGUGUGUGUGUGUUUCUCCUCCCAAAGCGGCUAAAACUGACGAAGGGUGACCAAGCGUUUGUUUCUGACGAGUUGGGACUCCGUUAGUCACCCUUCGUCAGUUUUAGCCGCUUCGGUGUGAGAAUUUGUUGACAAAACAACUAAAAUGAGCUUUUUUUCAGAAAGAACUGUUCUAUUUGUUUACCUUAUUUGGCCACUUGAGGGCGCUGCACGCCUGAGAGCUGUACAUUGAUUAAAAGCAUUCAUGAAUACUAUGAGGAUGACCUAAACACAUAAUUAGAGCUGUGUAUGGACUGAGAUAUUUUUAUUCUCCUCAGAAACUCUGAGUUAUUUCCAAUUUGCAGCUGUUGCACCUGGCAGCACAGCUUUGAGGUGUUUGAAGAACAUUUAGGCCGUUCAGCUGACAGGACUUCACAAACCAGAUAUGCUGUAGUAAAAUAUGGCUGACCUGGUAAUCACUAUCAUGUGUGUUUAGUGAGUUUUAUGAUUCUCAGACUAGAUAUUCAGCCAGAGUUGGUGGAUUGAUUAUUUAGGUUUUCACGGAACUGUCUCACUUCUUCUGAUGCUGCAAACGUGUUACCGCCAGCAUCAUAAUUCCUUAUAGGGAGAAUUAUUAGGGUUAAGUUAACUAGACACCUGGGAUAUUGCAGAAGGCAUCAUGUCUGGAGAUUUAUGGAUAAAAGAAAGUACAGCAUGGAAAACUA